AUUUUUGCUUUUUUUUUAGGAUCGAACUCGGAAUCUCAAGUGACAUAUGGACGUUGGCUUCGUUGGGUGUGUCAUAUGAUGUAGAGGCGGAUGGUUAUCCUUCUUUUUGAAAAAGGAUAUUUUUUUGAGCUUUUAAUGGCAUAUAUUUAAUUUCUCUACAUGGAUUACUUAUAAUUUAAAAAAUACUUUAUAAUUUGUUCAAAUGUAUGAUACUAUGUCUAGUUUCCUCUACAUGGAAUACAUUUAUAUACACCUUAUUUUCUAUACGACCAUGACAUCCCAGUUUCCCGGCGGCCUUGCUCAUGUUGACCUAGUAGAAAGAUUUAAUAAAGAAGUCACACUUAGAUGAGUGACUCUUGUUAAGACAUGUGCUAAAAGAGAGCACUACGGUGACCAUAUUAAGCCGCGUGGCAACACUGAGUGACGAAGUAUUGGAACCCCAAAGGGCAAAGGAGGAUCCACUUUCAAGUUCCAACUUCCAAACGAACCACUCCACUGACCUGCCUACUAGGCCUACGACCCGCCCGUGCUCAUUCUUCGCAUUUUCCUCAAGACCAAAAGCCGACGAUCGCCUCCCCACACCAUCUCUAUAUAAGCCAGCGACCGGCGCCUCCCAUCACACACUUCUUCCACCCUUUCCUCCCUCGAGCUACGACGACGACUAUCGACUAGCUAGCCAGCGGCGAAGCUCGUGAGCUCUCUCCCGGUGCCCGGACAUGGCGGCGAGAAGGCUCCUCGAGGAGGCGGUGGCCGCCGGCGCGCAGCAGGACUCGCUCAACUCGGACCUGGUCCUCAUCCUCGCCGGCCUGCUCUGCGCGCUGGUCUGCGUCCUCGGCCUCGGCCUCGUGGCGCGGUGCGCGUGCUCGCGCCGCUGGGCGCGCCCCGCGGACGCCGCCCCGCGCGCCAACAGGGGCGUCAAGAAGGAGGUGCUGCGCGCGCUGCCCACCGUCAGGUACGCCGCCGACGGCGGCGAGGCGUCGGAGGCGGAUGAGUGCGCCAUCUGCCUCGCCGAGUUCGAGGACGGCCAGCACAUGCGGGUGCUGCCGCAGUGCAGCCACGCGUUCCACGCGGCCUGCGUCGACGCCUGGCUGCGCUCGCACUCCUCCUGCCCGUCCUGCCGGCGGGUGCUCGUCGCCGAGCUGCCGCGCGGCGAGCGGAGCGGACGCUGCGGCGCGCGGCCCGGCGGCCUCGACGCGCUCCUCAAGGCGGUGCCGCUGUGCCGCUGACGUCGCUGUAGCUCGGCAUUAGUGGCGUGCGCACUCUGGGCAAAAGGCCAAGGGAAAAGUGUGUUGAGGGAAAUUAGCCGGUGCAUAAGCUCAUCCAUCGGUUAGCUUCUUAUUUACCUUUCUCUUGGUUUGGGGGCCUGCUGGGUGCUGAUUCUUUUUAGGUGUGGCUACUCUGGAAAUGGGAACCAUUGAGCAUGAAGGCGUGUGUACAUACAUAUUUGAUGGGGGGAUUUGUGAUUGUAACCUAUUUGUACAUAUGUGGAAGUUGCUAUAAAAACAUGCACUUAGCUUGAACUGGGAAUGUGAAUUUGGUGGUACUUUCUGCUUA